CGCCAAGCGGGUUCUUCCUGUUAUGCAAAACGUUCAACAGCACCGCGGGGUGCUGUCAAGAAUGGCGGAAAAACAACCAGACAACGAUGACGAUGAGGGUUUCGGAGACUUCAAGUUCGUCUCGCCGUCUUCUAAUGGAUCUCUUUAUGUCAAUCAGGACAACGGUGUGGAAGAUGAAUGGGGAGAUUUCAUGGAUAAUUUCUCUCAGAAGCAAGAUUUUUUUGGAAAUCGAUCCCUAUUUCAGCCAUUUAAUGGCUUCACUCAAACUUUGAAUCCUACUAAUCCAUCUCAAGACUUGAAAACUUUCGAUCUUUUUGGUGAUUUCUCGGAUCAUUCGACUAAAGCCACCGAUUCGAAGCUGGAUCAUGUGGAAUGUGAAAGUUAUUCUGUUUCUUCGGUUGCUGAGAAACGGUGGGAGAAGCCUCAAGGUGCUUUGCCUCUUUCCAUUUUUGGUGAGGAAGAGGUAGAAUUAGAAUCUGAAUCGAAUGAUCCAUCUGUCAAUGAUACUCCAGAUCCUUUUCCCGCUAAACAAUCGCCAUCCCCUGUGAAAAAUGAUGUAAAUUUUGGACCAGGUCUUCGUCUUAAUGAUCUUAUCGUGAAUUUGUACAGUGAGGCGGAUCAGAUCAAGAUUGAAAAUGGAUCGAAUUCGAAUUUGGUUGACGAUGGUAGGGGAUUUAAGGAUGCGUUCUCUCAAAACAAAAUUGGAAAUGGAGAAUCACCUGUCAAGGUGAAGUACAGCCAGACAGAUCAGAUCAAGAUUGAAAAUGGAUCGAAUUCGAAUUUGGUUGACGGAUAUGAUAAUAUUGAUGACAAUGGUUGGGAAUUUAACGACGCAUUCUCUCAAAACAAAGUCGGAGAUGGAGAAUCAGCAGUCAAGGUGGAGCUGACAUCUGAUUUAUCAGGAGUUCAAGUGGGAAAAACAACAGGAACAACAAUUGACCAACAAUUUGAGGUCAGUGAUAAAUGGUCCCAAAACCCUCAAGGAACCUUACAUAAAUCAGGCCUUAGAAAUGGUGGCUUAGAUUCUGGAGAUAUUUUUGCCAACUCGGAUUGGUUUUCUCAUAAACCUGCUGGAGUUGAUAAUGGUUUUGGUCUUAGCACUAGUAUGGCUACUCAAAAUGAUUCUAUCUCGGUAUCUUUCAUUCAAGCCAAUCAGAAUGUGAAUGGAAAUGGAUUGAAAUCUAAAUCAGCUGAUGAUAAUUUCUGGGAUUUUAAGGAUGCAUUCUCAGAAUCUGGAGGUGUGAAUUUCUCUUCAGGGAAGAAGGAAGAACAAAAAGUUGCCAGUUUUCUUGAUGCUGACGGGAAAGUGCUUGCAUUUGACGGCAAAGUCCAGGUCAGUGAUAAACAGUCUGAAAACUCUGAAGGAACCUUACAUAAAUCAGGCCUUAGGAAUGGUGGCUUAGAUUCUGGAGAUAUUUUUGCCAAUUCAGAUUGGUUUUCUCAUAAAUCUGCUGGACUUGACAACGGUUUUGGUCUUAGCACUAGUAUGGUAACUCAAAAUGGUUCUAUCUCUGUAUCGUGCACUAAAGACAACCAGAAUGUGAAUGGAAAUGGAUUGAAUUCUAAAUCAGGCGGUGGAAAGAUAGAUGCUGAUGAUAAUUUCUGGGAUUUUAAGGAUGCAUUCUCAGAAUCUGGAGAUGUGAAUUCAUCUUCUGGGAAGAAGGAAGAUCAAAGGGUUGCUGGUUUUCCUGAUUCUGAUGUGAAAGUGCCUGCAUUUGACAGCAAAGUCCAGGGAAAUGGAAAAGGGCAUGGGGAUCAUCAGGAAUCAUCAUCACUGUUAUCUUAUAGCAAUGGGAAACUGGAUGCUGAUGAUUCCUUGUUUGGCAAAGAUGUAUCUUCUCAUAAACCAGCUAACUAUGUGAGAAACAGUACCUAUGAUCAGGGUUUUGGUCCAAAUGUUUCCCUUACUGAUUUCAUAGACACAUUAUACAGUCAGGCCAGGGAGAUCCCAGCUGUUAAUUCUCGGCCAACUGGAGAUGAAUUGAGUUCAGUCCAGGUGGGUGUAAAUUCUGAUUUAAUGAAUGGAGAGGAUGACUUUGAUGAGAACUCCUGGGAAUUUAAAGAUGCCUUCUCAGAAAUCAAAGCUGAUGACGAAUUUAGAUCAAUCCAUGCAGAUGUGAGCUCUGCUAAUUCUACUACUGGAAAACCAACCGAAGCCCAAGUUGGUUUGAAUUCUGAUUUAAUGAAUGGUGAAGAUGAUUUUGAUGAAAGUUCCUGGGAGUUUAAGGAUGCCUCCCCAGAAAUCAAAACUGAAGGGAAAAUUUAUGUAUUCAAUCUUUCGGAUACAGAUAAAAGGUUUCUGAGUGAAUCAAAGCUGAAGAAUUUUGUGGAUUUCUACUCUAGAUUGAAGGAGGAAUCAUACAGAGUUGCUCUUCACCAUCUUGAUUGCCUAAAGGAAGCCCAGAAGGUUGCUGCUCUUUCUGGCAAUGAUGUCAAAGCAAUGGCCCUCUUUGAGGAAAUCCAGGCAGUUUAUAAGAAACUUCACAAAGAGGAAAAGACCUCUGAAGAAACUUAUUCGAAAGACCUUUCGACAAGAAAGAUUUAUGUGAACGAAUUUAUGAAUGAUCCGACAUUCCAAGUGCUUGAGUCAGAAUAUGACUUGUCAAGAAGAAUAUCAUUAGCAGAAAAUGAUUUGAAUUCAGCAAUCGAGCUUUUUGAGCAUGCAAUUCUAAUGCUAAAGAUUCUAUCACUGGGGUCUGUUGAAGAGCAAUCCAGGUAUAUUACCACUUGGUCUAAAAUGAUAUCAGCAUGUGCCCAAGAGUUGAAACAUGGUGCCUUGAUUUGGAAGAAGUCAUUACUACAGACUAUCCACAACAAAAUAUUGUCCCAAGUCCAAGGCCAGCGAUAUUUUCUUGCCCUUGCGGAAAUAUAUAGAGUGGUUGAAGUUCUAAAAGCCUCAACAACACUUUACAAACCUUGGAUAUUGUCAAACCUUAAAGAUCCUUCGGUUAUCUUUGCUCUUUUGGAGGAAUGCAGGAGUGUGUGGUCAGAGUCAGGAUUGGAAGAAGCUGUCCGGAGUAUCCCUGAUCCAGUUAGUGUUGGGUAUGAUGGGACUGUCAUGGCAUUGUUGGAAUCUAUAAAGUCUAUCCAUGAUCUUGAUGUCCUGGCUCUUCAAAACCGAGUUUUUUCCCAGAGAGAAUCAAUUUGUCAACUGUCAGGAUUAUCUCAUGCAGUGGUUCCAGAUAUGAAAGUCGUGGUUUGGGAUGGUGAACACUACUUUCUUAAACUAGCAAACUUGUGGGUAAAUAGGAUAUCUUGUGAUCCUCCAAAGACACCACAUUUGCGCAUCAAUUAUGAUGACUGCUGAAGCUGAAAUUAGUUUCCAUCAUCCCUCGUCAUAUAUUUGAAUCAGAUUGAUUUCCUUUCUAGCAAUCCAUUUUGCAUGGCAGCUAAAUUAUAAGGACAUCAAUUGUGGUGAAAGUAACUACAACAGAGCCCUUCUGAACCUGAAGAUGACACCAAAAGGGAAUGUACUUGAAGCUGCUUCAGUGAAAAGAUGAUAUGGUCGAUCAACUCAAGCUUGGCUUCAUCAAGGUUUUAUAUUGGAUGUUGGGGCUUGGUUUGAUUUGGCAAGGUAGGAAAUUUUACUCCCAUUUUCUUUGGCAUUCUUUGGAAAAAAGUUGUAACAUAGUUUCUGGAUGCAGAAGUGUUUAAUUGUCAGCCGGUAAUUUUUUUAAUGUAAUAGGAUCAUUGAUAGAUGCAGCACACUUGUACACAUUGUACAAUGUAAAAACAAACAGGAAUCCUUGUUCUUUUCCCUCACCCCCCCCCCCCCCCCCCAAAAAAAAAAAGUUUUUGGACUCGUCGAGUCGUAACUAUCCUUGGAAAUAAUGAGAAUGCGAAGCUUGAUUGAUUUGUC